AUGCUUCGCCGUCCCUCCCGCUCGGCGACCGACACGGCGUACUUGACAGGAUCCCAUGAGACCAUCAAGAUGCGACUCCCUUCUCUCCUCGCCGUCUGGGCCAUCGUGGCAAGCAGCAUGGUCGUAGCAAGACCAAUUGUCUGCCCAGAUCUAAAACGUGACCUUAUCCUCAAAGGCGAGCUCGCUCCAGAGGCUUGCUGCUCCUAUGGUCGAUGCCUGGGGGACGUGGUGAUAGCCAUGGCUUGA